UACUACCCCCCGCGCGCGCUGGCGCUGGCUGGAGAGAAGGGAGAGAGAGACGAGAGAUAGGGAUCGGGAGCGAAUUCUGUGCCCCCCUGCCCGGCCCGCGACAGCGACGCGGCCGCAGCGGGGCUCCCGGGCUACAGAGACGCGGGGGGCGAGGGAGAGGGACAGGCCGCGCCCGCACGCCACCGCGCUCCAUUGGCCGCGCCGUUGCCAUCACGCCGAUUAAACUAGUCGAUCGCCCGGCUCUCGCCAGCUUGCUUCUCGCCUGCGAUCCGGCUCCCCCCGUUUCCUCCUCUUCUCCAGCAGGGAAGGCAGCUGCUUCAGCGAGCUAGGGGAACUAGCUAGCCUAGCUCUACAGCUAGCCAUGGAGGGCGAGGACGACGGGCCGGAGUGGAUGAUGGAGGUGGGCGGCGGCGGAGGGAAGGGCGGCAAGGGCGGCGGCGGGCUGGACAAGAACAAGAAGCGCUUCAGCGAGGAGCAGAUCAAGUCGCUCGAGUCCAUGUUCGCGACGCAGACCAAGCUGGAGCCGCGCCAGAAGCUGCAGCUGGCGCGGGAGCUCGGCCUGCAGCCGCGCCAGGUUGCCAUCUGGUUCCAGAACAAGCGCGCGCGUUGGAAGUCCAAGCAGCUCGAGCGCGAGUACUCCGCGCUCCGCGACGACUACGACGCGCUCCUCUGCAGCUACGAGUCGCUCAAGAAGGAGAAGCACGCGCUGCUCAAGCAGCUGGAGAAGCUAGCCGAGAUGAUGCAGGAGCCGCGGGGGAAGUACGGCGGCAAUGCCGGCGCCGUCGCCGGGGAAGACGUGCGCUCGGGCGUCGGCGGCAUGAAGGAAGAGUUCGCGGACGCCGGGGCGGGGCUUUACUCGUCCGAUGGCGCCGACGGCGGCAAGUUCGCGCACUUCACGGACGACGACGCCGGGGCCCUCUUCCGGCCGUCGCCGCAACAGCCGGCCGCCGGGUUCACGUCGUCGGGCCCGCCGGAGCACCAGCCGUUCCAGUUCCACUCGAGCUGCUGGCCGUCGUCGACGGAGCAGACCUGCAGCAGCUCGCAAUGGUGGGAAUUCGAGUCCCUGAGUGAGUGAGCAACAACUACUUGCUUUGUCGUCGGAUCAUGCAACGAUCACAAGCGGAUCGCUCGGUCGGUCCAGAGCACGUAAGGUCGAGUCCGUAGAGAUGAUCGAUCAGACCCAAGAGCGACGGUGUACAUAGCUUCAUCGGUAGAUCAAAGUCCAGUUCUGUCCAGGCAGUUUCUUCUUCUCCCCGUCAUCAUGCAAACGAGUUUUUCUCUUUUCCCCGCCCCACUGUUGUCGGUACCACCAGAUCAUGUAAUCCAGGAACAUGUAGAGAAAGAUCAAACCAACUUAUAGAGAGAAGGUCACAUGCGAGCCAGUUGAUUUGCCAUGUUCA